CUUCGCUGUGCCGAACUCCAUUAAAAAAACGUUAUAUUUUAAUGUUGCUGUCCAGAUAGGCAAACAGGCUGCAAGAAUAAAACAAUAAUUGAUGACAUGUAGAGCUACUCUUCCUAUCGGCGUGCACGUAACGGCCAAACAACCGAACAACGGUGUAAUAAUCAUAACUUUUAGAAACAGUUUAGUGAUAAACGGAUUGAAACUCUGAGUCGAAGACUGCACCGUUAACGGGAGAUAAGCGUGAACAAAUCCUAAGAAAUGUCUUAAAUAUCAUGCAGUGCUCUUUAUCGGGCGAUGUUUGCCAAAUGUUCACCCGUUUGUGCCAGUUGGUAAGAUGCUCUCAGUUUAUGGGCAUGUAUAUUGACAUAGUCACGAGUUUGCCUUAAAUUGGCAGCUUUUUCAACGCAGUUCGUAGUGCAGUUUCUGCAUCGGGCCAGUAACGCGAGCAGACGUUUGUCUUUACAUCCAGACGCUGUCGGAUGGGUUCUGUCUGGUCGCGUUUAUAUGUAGAUUAAGAUAUUAUUUUGGUCGUGAGUUGUUUUUAUGUGUUUUUCUGAGCAGUAUUGAAGCUAGCAGUUGCUAACAGGCUAAGCUAACAGCGGUGUCAGUGGCGUUGCAUCAGCAUCAGUCCGGACUGAGCGCAGACUGAAAUACAUAUAAUCAUUAUAAUCAUAAUAAACAUUAUUAUAUACAAAAGUUGUUAUCUUAGAUUUAAUAACAAAAUAACUGUCACUAACAUACAUUAUUAUUAUUAUUACCAAAUCAAAAAUGUUGUCUAUAGAAACAAGUAAUUAUCUCAGAUUUAAUAACAAAAUAAAACUAUAGCACAAUAAUUAUUAAUAAUAAAUAAUUACUGUAUACAAUUGUAAUUAUCUUAAAUUGAAUAAAAUAACAUAUUAUAUCCGUUGUGUAUUAUAUCUCAGUAUGUGUGAUAAUCUUCCACUUUUGUAACAUUUAUAACACAUUUAUAGCUUUAAUUAUUUGGCUGUGAUAAAUGAAUAAUAAUCACAUUAUAUUAUGUGUUAUUCUAUAAAGUCAGUUAAAGUCUAGAUUUAAUUUACUCCACUUGGUCCAAAUCUGAAAAAUUAUAUUUUUGGACUUGGAAAUGUAAACCUUUCCAUAAUAUAUAUUUCAUAUAUUAUUUCUAUAUAUUCCUUGUUUCCCUCCCUCCAACCGUUUUUAAAGUGUUUUAAAAAAUGUUUUUGUUUUAAAGCAAAACUUCCAGAAAUGCUGUUUCCAGCUCUCAGAACAUUUAUUGCUGAGUUAAUGUAACGUAACGUCAGCUGCACGUCAUCCUGCUGAUCCUCAAAGACUCCCAACAUCCCGAUUAAAACGUUCUGUGUGAACCACAAGAUGAACGUUAUCACCGUACAUAAAGUAACAUGUCAGUACGUCACCAGAGAUUUAUUAUUUCUGUGUCCAACAAUAUUACACGAGGAACAAACGUUUUAAACCAAAAAGACAAAACUCGACUGUUUCCAGUUAGAGCUGCAACUAAAGAUUGUUUCAUUAUUAAUCUGCAGAUUAUUUCUACAUUCAUGGUUUGGUGUCCUCAAAGUCCUGAAGUCUUUAAAAGUCUUGUUUGUCGCUUCACACAGAAACGCAGCAGAUCUGCAGGAAGCUUUACUUUAAAGAUAAAUGUAAAUAUCAUCUGAUGAUGGGUUAGUUAAUAACUCCAUUCACAAAAACAUCAUUUAACCUCCUAUGAGUUUCUUUGUGUUGAGACUUUUAAAGGGUUCAGAUUCACCAAAGUCACACAAACAAGACGUCUGUCGAUUAUCAAUAUUGUUAUGAUUAAUAUUAUUAUUAUUGUACCAACAAAGAGAGAGUGUGUGUGUGUGUGUGUGUGUGUGUGUGUGUGUGUGUGUAUCGAUGACAUCAUGUUUUUGCAGGAGAGGAGGAUGAGCUGACACAACAAAGAAUCAGAGAAGAAGAAGAAGAAGAGAGUAGCCGGUUAAAACCCCAAAGCAUUCUGGGAUAUUGAGUCAGGUUGUCUCCCUCCUUUAAUACCUGCAGCUGAGGAGGUCUCACUCUGCCUCUGUUUCCAGAGUUCAUAUUCUGGUUAAACCCUCACAACUCUUCAGCUGCAUUGUGGGAAACGUAGGAAACUAAAGAACAAAAUGGCUCCCUAACAGCGCGCUCAGAUAUUUAUCCGAACAUCAUCGCGAUGGGUUUCCCUGCGGAGCGUCUGGAAGGCGUGUACAGGAACAACAUCGACGACGUCGUGCGGUUUUUAGACUCAAAGCACAAGAAUCACUACAAGAUCUACAACCUAUGUGCAGAGCGACAUUAUGACACGUCAAAGUUCAACUGUCGAGUUGCUCAGUACCCGUUUGAGGACCACAACCCGCCCCAGCUGGAGCUGAUAAAGCCGUUCUGCGAGGACCUGGAUCAGUGGCUGAGCGAAGACGAGCAGCACGUCGCCGCCAUCCACUGCAAGGCCGGAAAAGGUCGCACCGGCGUCAUGAUCUGCGCCUACCUGCUGCACCGACGCAAGUUCCAGGAGGCUCAGGAGGCUCUGGACUUCUACGGAGAGGUCCGCACCCGGGACAAAAAGGGCGUGACCAUCCCCAGUCAGCGGCGUUACGUCAUCUACUACAGCUUCCUGCUGAGGAACCAGCUGCUGUACAAACCCGUCGCCCUGCUCUUCCACAAGAUGCUGUUUGAAACCAUCCCCAUGUUCACGGGAGGCACCUGCAAUCCUCAGUUUGUGGUGUACCAGCUGAAGGUGAAGAUCCACACGUCUAACCCCACCCACACCCGGCGGGAGGACAAACUCAUGCUGUUUGAGUUCCCGCAGCCACUUCCUGUCUGCGGAGACAUCAAAGUGGAGUUCUUCCACAAGCAGAACAAGAUGAUGAAGAAGGAAAAGAUGUUCCACUUCUGGGUCAACACCUUCUUCAUCCCGGGGCCGGAGGAGAACCUCGACAAACUGGAGAACGGCAGCGCCGGGAUGCCGCGUGAACCGGUUGACAGAACGCAGGGGAUGAUGAUGAUGACGGCGACGAUGACGAUGACGGGAGGAGAAACUAACGAAAGAGACUUCCUGGUUCUCACUCUGACCAAGAACGACCUGGACAAGGCCAACAAAGACAAAGCCAACAGGAACUUCUCCCCGAACUUCAAGGUGAAACUGUAUUUCACCAAGACGGUCGAGGAAGGUGCGAACUCGGACGCCAGCAGCACGUCGGCCUCGGUGACGCCGGACGUCAGCGACAAUGAACCGGAUCACUACCGCUACUCCGACACGACGGACUCGGACCCGGAGAACGAGUCGCUCGAAGACGACCAUCACGAUCAGAUCACAAAAGUCUGAUGCACACACACACACACACACACACACACAUACAGAUAUAUAUGUGUAUAUAUAUUCAGUAUGUUUACACACUCAUGAAUCCCCAAACUAAGACUUGCGUGUUGUUAGCUAACGGGGGAAUAUAACCGAUGGACCACAACUGAUCUGUGGGACUCAAAGAGAUCAGAUCAGAAUAUAAGACCCCCCCCCCCCUCCAAUCUUCUGCUCAAUGCACAGCUGGACAAUCACAUGACAAGGCGGUCGGAAGUGAGGAGGGCGGGGUUAACCGUGAGGGCGGGGCCAGCGAAUGGACAAUAAGACAGAUGAAUGGACAGACAGGAGGUUUUAAAAAAUAAAGGAGUAAAACUUGAAUAUAAACAAACAGACAAGUAGACUUCUUUAGUGGCUACACCGACAUGUUUGUUGGAUAAAUCCCCGUGUGUCCUUCCUUCUUCACCAGUUGUAGGAAACUUUAUGCAGAACAAUCUUUUUUUUCUUCAAUCUUUUCAAUCUUCAGUUCUGUGAAACGUCGACUCUUCUCUCUGUGUGUGAACGUCGACUCUUUUCAGCUCAAAUUUACAGACGUUCAUUUUUUUUGUAGAACUCGUUUGAAACUUCUUAGGUUUUUAUCUAAAUCCUAAAUUAAAUCUACACUUGUUUGUUGGUAUAAAAUGAGGCAGUUAUUUACUUUAAAUCUGCCAAUACAGCUGCAAUUUAUCAUGAUUCUCAUCAUCGAAUAACCUGCAUAUAGUUUUAAUGGUUUGUGUAUAAAAUGUUCAUCCACCUCCUCACAGUCCUGAAGUCUUUAAAUGUCUUUAAAUGUCUUGUUUCGUCACUUUGAUAUAAAACGGAGAGAAGCAGCAGAUCUGCAUAUCUGAGGCAGAAACCUUUAAGACUUUUCUGCAGGAAACUUUAACGAAUCAUCAGAAUAGUUGGAGAUCAUUUUCCUGGAGCCAGAAGUUCUAUCGAAACUAAAUUUGCUCUUGUUUAUUGGUAUAACAUUAUGCAGGUAUUCUGAUAUAAAGCUGGCACAGAAACUCAGUGAGGACCAUUGAGGGACAUGUUGAUUAUAAUAAACCUUCACACUCAGAUCUUAGAUAAUAGAUUUUGCGUUUUUGCCAAACUGAUUUCUUUCCCAGACUUUGGCCAGUUUUAGCUGCUCUGACGAAGCAGCA